CAGCAUACGUCCUCUCGAUUAGGCUUCUUAUCUUCAGCAAGCUAUAUCACAUGCAGGUUGCUGGCAACAGAAUGGCCGGGAAGGCAAAUGACAGCUCCAUCAAAUGGCAGCUGUGCUAUGACAUGUCAGCCAAGACGUGGUGGAUGGAUGAAUUCCAUCCAUUCAUCGAGGCACUUCUUCCGCACGUCCGUGCGUUUGCCUACACAUGGUUCAACCUGCAAGCUCGGAAACGAAAGUACUUCAAGAAGCACGAGAAGCGGAUGACAAAGGAUGAGGAGAGAGCGGUGAAGGACGAGUUGUUGAGCGAGAAAGCGGAGGUGAAGCAAAAGUGGGCCUCGAGGCUACUGGCCAAACUGCGCAAGGACAUCCGUCCAGAGUACCGUGAGGAUUUUGUGCUGACCAUCACUGGGAAGAAGGCUCCCUGCUGUGUUCUCUCAAAUCCGGACCAGAAAGGCAAAAUAAGACGCAUAGAUUGUUUACGGCAAGCGGAUAAAGUUUGGAGGUUGGAUCUGGUGAUGGUGAUCCUGUUUAAAGGGAUCCCUUUGGAAAGUACUGAUGGAGAGCGUCUGGUGAAGUCCCAACCGUGUAGUCACCCCAUGCUGUGCGUUCAGCCCCAUCACAUAAGUGUUUCAGUUAAGGAACUUGAUUUAUACUUGGCAUACUUUGUGCAAGAAAGAGAAUCAGAGCAAAGUGGCAGCCCAAGGACAGGUAUCGGCUCUGAAUCUGAUGACACCAAGCCAGGAACUAUUGAACAUACCGAGUUUCAAGAAAGUUUUGUGACUUCAGGUGUCUUCAAUGUAACGGAGCUGGUGCAAGUAUCGAGAACCCCCAUUGUGACGGGGACAGGGCCGAAUUUCUCUCUUGGAGAGUUACAAGGGCACUUGGCCUACGAUCUGAAUCCACCAAGUGCAGGCAUGAGGAGAACUCUGCCAAGCAGCUCUUCGAGCGGGAGUAAGAGACACAAGUCAGGCUCAAUGGAAGAUGAUAUUGACACUAGCCCAGGGGGGGAGUUUUACCCGUCUCCCAGCUCACCAGCCGGAAGCAGUCGGAACUGGCAAGAGGAGAUGGAAGGAGGGAUCUCCCCUACAGUGAAGAAAAGCGAGAUGGACAAAUCUCCGUUUAACAGCCCCUCUCCACAGGACUCGUCUUCACGACUGGGUAGCUUCACACAGCAUCACCGCCCCGUGAUCGCCGUGCACAGUGGUCUCGCAUCAAGAAGCCCGCACGCCUCUUCAUCGUUGCAUUUUCCAACAACUUCCAUCCUUCCCCAGAGUGCUUCCGGCUACUUCCCCCACACAACGAUCCGGUUCCCACCUCAUCUCAAUCCACAGGAUCCUCUCAAGGACCUGGUCUCCCUUGCCUGCGAUUCAUCCAGUCAACAGCCUGGCCCGACUGGGAGGGAGGGCGAGAGAUCCACGGACUUCUCCAUGACUUCAGUGACAAUCCCACUCCGCGCUCAGAUGAGGGGACGUGUGCUUCCUGCCGAACGAGACACCCUAUGUCAGUUGUUCUACUCCCCAGGACCUGGGGAGUGUUAUCCUCAUGUGAAGCUAAAUGGCAGCGGUCAAGUGGUGAGCAAAGUCCCGAGCCACUACAUUUCCACAUCGAUGUUGGCUCCCCCGCCCCCCCCAACCAUGGCCAGAUCGGUAACUUUGGCGAUGCCACCUGACACCAAACCAACCAUCACAACCACAGAGGGUGGAGCCAGCUCUCCAACAUCACCCACGUACACAACACCUGGCACACCCCCAGCUAACCGAUCCUUUGUGGGAAUAGGACCAAGAGAUCCUGGUAGCCUUUAUCAGCCACAGUCCUGGUAUCUGGGAUAGUUGAAGUCCACCUUCCAAGUAUUACAGAAGCUGUGUGAUCAGGUUUCAAGAAACAUGGUUGAGCGCCGAUUUCAAGUUUAAAACGGAGAGGAACAAGGGAGAAGGUUAUUCAUCCGCUCGCCUUGAAAAGAAAAUGUAAAGUCAGAAACACUAUCUAUCAUCCUACCAACAUGUUCCGAAGAUGGGUGCAAUUCACUUCUUCCAUUGGCUGAUGCUUAGCCUGAGGUUCCCUGUCUGUUUUAUGCAAAUAAGCCUUUAUAUUUCUUUAAAAAAUAAUAAUAAUUACAGAACAAAGUUUACUAAAUCUGCUAUUGACAGGGUGGGAAAAUUAAUCUUCAUCAGCUAAACAUAAGUCAAAAUUGCAUUAUGGUUAUCCUGUUGAUUUUUCCUUUUUAAAGAACAAGAGUUUUGCAGGCAUGAUCCUCUGCAAAUGUGCGUUAAGCAUCUAAAAAGCCUCGUGAACUCGACUUCAAGUGCCGAAAUGCACAGAGCGUUGUGUGCCUGUGCGUGGAAGUACUGGUGGUCUGGUGUAAAAAAAAUUAUCACAGUUUAAGGACAAUUCUUCCACUUUUUCAAAGCAAAAACAAUCUUGAUUUUAAUUGUGAAUUUUUGUUUUUAAACUAACUUGACGGUAAACUUUUAUUCAUCAUAUUUUUUUUAAAAUGUGCACUAAUGAAGCCUACACAUUGGAUACCAUCACUUCAGUACGGCUAAUUCAUUAGCUUAAUAGCAAGUUACAUUCUAUGCUUCUGUUCAAAAAAAAUCUGGCCACACUAAUCAGAAUUAUUUUUCUAAUACACAAGCAAAUGUGUUUAAUACUUUGGUGUAAAAUCAUUCCUUUAAAUAGUUCAGUUGUCGACACAUGUUAAAAAGCCUUCAAGCCCAAAUUGGAGAUGUGGUCACCUAGUCGCAAUCUACCAAAUAGGAACAUCACAGAACAAUUUCACUUUGACUGCAGUUUAUAAGCUAAGGAAGAAAUUAAAUAUAUGCAGUGUUAAGAAUCUCACAACGGCGUGAAUGAUUUAACCAACCUGAAACUUUAAACACAUUUUUACGAUUAUUUAACUGUAGUAAACCAAAACGCAAAUCAGUCAGAUAAAUGCUUACAGUUUUCAAUUCCAAUUUUCCCAUCCGAAGUAUCAUUUACUUUUUAUUUUGCAUGCAGCUAAUAGUACAGAUAUAGACACUCAGCUGUCAGCGCAGUAGAUUUACUGGUUUUAGUUAUUAUCGCUUAUCUUCAAUAGUGCAUGACAUAGUCCAUAACUAGGUUUUGGUGAUAGUUCUGGGAGACUUUGGUGGUUGCAUAGAGGGUGUGGAGGAAUUCCUCAGAAGCUGUGUCAGUCCAAAGCCUCACAGUCCCAAGCAUAGAUUACCUCACCUUCCCAGUUAGAGAUACCUUUUAUUUCAAUGGCUUCAUACAAUGGCUGCAAACUCGAGAGUAUCAUUAGUGGGUUAUCUUUUGCCUAGUAAAAUGUUUUUCGAGAAUCGAUAUAUUUGGGGAUUUUCUUUUUAGUUGUAAUUCUAAAGUUAUUCCUAAAUACUUUAAAGCUAUUAUGCAGGAGAACUGGACCAGAUCCCAACAAUGUCUAAGGUAGCUUCAAAAUCAUGUCUUGGAUACUUAACAUUCAAUCGGUAAUCAUGUUUAAAUUGGGGUGGGGGUGGGGUGGGGGAGGAGGGAAUGAAGAAGAGAUUGCUGCAUUUUAAAACAACAGGUUAAUUGCCUGUUUGAACAGAGAAAGAAUAAUCUUUUGUAAAGAUUUAAGAGGCAAGUGCAAUUGAAAGUAAAUAAAUUUCUAACUUAGCAAUUAUUAUUAUCAUGUCCUUGUAGCUCAGGACUGUAAAACGGGACAAACUGUUGUCGCCAGGCGACUGUGGCACAAAAGUGCACCGAAAAGGCCAUUCCCCCCACCCUACAUCCGAUCCUAGCCCCCAGUCCCCACCCAGACUACAACUCCAAAGCACCUCCCUAAAACAGCUCGAACCCCCACCCAAAGUCCCGACACCCAAUCGAACAACAAAUCCUGACACCCACCCGAACAACAAUUCAAACCCCCACACAAACUCCCAUUCCCCACACAAACUCCCUGCACCAUCCCGACCAUCAACCCCCCCAGCCAAACUCCCAACACCCAAACCAAACUCCAUCCACCAAUCCAAACCUCCAACCCCCAACAAAAUCACUAACCCCCACCCUAAAUCUCCCAACCCCCCCCCCCCCCCCCCCACCCAAAUAACACCUCCUGACCCCCACUCAACACUCACCUAAACAGCAACCAACACCCAUCCAAACAAGAUCUCCCGGCCCCCACCUAUGCACCAACACCCUCCCUCUCCCUCCCCCUACACUUCAGAGGUGAACACAAAUGCCUUAGUAUGUUACGUGUUAUUUUACUUUUUUUUAAAUCAGGGGGGGUAGACAGCUACUCUCAUGAGAAAGAAAAGACAACACUUGUGCACACGACAUCAUCCAUUUAAACUGACACAUAUCAAAAGCAAUAUUUGGCAUAACUUUUCAUUUUUUUGUUUGCAAACGGAAAGCUUUUGACAAAAGCAGCCUGCACCUGAAAACAUUUCUCUCCAUGUGCGCUUAUUUUACAAGCUUGGGUACAGUCUUGCCUGAGCUCAAAAUACUGGCAUCCAAAGACCUCACGAGUGUAAGCAGAAAUAGUGAGGCAAACUCUAUAGACGUAUUUAUAUUAACAUGUUUUUUUUUUCAUCAAAGGUGCUGAGUGAUGCAUGGUGCUUUGGUAGUAAACUUUGUGAACCAGCUAAAUGAAAAUCAGUCAGCUACACACUGACUUCUGAUGUGCAUGGCAACUUGUGCUGGCUUCACUCUUUUCUCCUGACAAGAUCCUUUCCUGAUUUGCACAGAAAUUUUAUACCACAUUAUGUGCCUUGCCUUUGAGAAAAAAACGUUUUUAAAAAAAACACAAAAAAAAUAAAUUUCCUUGGUAUCACUGCACAGAUCUUUGGCAUGCAUGUUUGGCUGCUGUCAUUAAGAAAAGUACCAUUGGUAAAAUUGUAAAGGUUUAUGAUUUUUGGCUUCAUAGGACAUUGUAACAGCACUAAUUAUCAGUAUUCCAGUGAUUCUAUGGAUUUUCACAAAGAAUAUAUUCAUCUUGCAGUCAUGUAGGAACAUUGCUUUCAGACGUUAUUUGUCACUAAUAUUUUAAUGAAAAGUGUUUAAUUUUUGUUUCUCCCUAUUUGUGUCUUCCAGCUCCUAUUGUUUAAAAUCUUUGGAAAAUAUGCAAUACCAGUCUCGUCUUAGAUGUAGCUUAGCUCGUCUUAGCUUGUUUUAAUCACUUUGAGUUAGCACACACAAUAACUACAGCGCCAUGCCUUUCUAGUUUGUUUUUUAAAUAUUGAUUUUGUUUUAAUUGACCAAAGUUGGUGCAGCUCUCUAUACAGAUUUAAUAGAGAGGUCCUUUUCCUAAAAUGAGCAAUGCUUGAUCUAUGAUUAGGGAGGCUGGACAUGAGGAGGGGGAAAUACAUAUUUUACUGUACAACUGUGAAGCACUAUGUUGGUAGCAAAUUAACAAAACAAAUAUUAUUUCCUUUAUUUUCCUGUGUGGUUCAAAUGUUCGACUCAAAAAAAAUCAUGAUCAACUUAAUUAGAGUCAACUGUGUCCCACUAAAGUUGAUCGGGCAAUUGUUCAACUAAGGUUCUAAAACCCAAUAUUUUGGUCCCAUAGUGUGGGUCAACACUUUGAUACUGGUUGGAUCUAAAAUCAAUCCUAUGCAUCGCUACGGAAAGAUUAGAUUUUAAAAGUGCUUCAAUCUCCUAUUAUUUUCUGUGAGGAUAAGAUUCCUCAAUGCUACAUUUUCUAGAAAACAAAUGCGCGAUUUACAUCAAUUGUUAGCAGUUUGCUUCUGAAUCUGGUCUGAGCAGAAAAUGGGUAGAUGGACCCACUCUUCCAGCAGACCCAAGUGCUUCACAGCUGCAACUGUAAACUAUCCUGAGCUUCAAGGGGAAAGAAAGUUCCACGUCAGAAUCUGAAAACCACGAAUUAAGGUUGUACAUAAAACAUAACUCAUAAACAAAACACAAAACACAAGCAAUAGCGGUGGGGUGUCAAUUUGCUAGAGAAGUGUUCAAUGUAAAAACCCAUCUGCACGAGGUGAAAUGAUAAGUGAUAACCAAGUCACAUAUAACUCUGCUUUAAGAUCCUACUAAUGUCUCCGAGCUUUCUUAAUUUGAAUUUGAUUUGACACUUGUAAUGCUAACUGGGAUGCUGAACUCAGAUGACAUGAAUCAGGCCAAUGCCAAAACGUUUGAUCCUUGUUGCAUCUGGUCUUUGACAUUAGCUGCCUUCCUUGCAGACUGUGUAAUUUGUAAGCUGUAUAGUUUUAUUAAGUAUGUUUUACUUAUUCUACCCUAUUUUAUAAGGCAAAGACUUUUGUAAUGAGAAAAGUACAAAAAAAAUGUUUCAUUACACUGGCUUAUUAAGAAUGUUCAGCAUUAUAUACCAUUUGUAGAGUAUUCUUCCUCCAUGGGAACUGGAUUUGAGUUAAACUCUCCGGUUACCCUUAUUGUAUUUAAAUGCAGUAAUUGUCCUCAUUUUUAUGGUUUUGCAUAUUCCUAUACUUUAAAAGUAUAGGCUUCUGAUGUAAAAGAGCCAUUGUAAAUGGAAAAAAAAUGCUUUAUUUUAUGAAGAGUAAUUAUGUCAAACUUGUAAGAAACACUUGGAAUUUUGAGAAGGAGUGUCGUCAUUGUAGUCUUUUUGACUGUUUUAAAAGAAAAAAAAAAGUCUGUAGACUUUCAAGUGCUAAACUGGUGGUAGCAGGACAGAUUAUGUGUGCUCUUUGUAGGGCAAGGGAGCCCGACAAAUUGUUGUAUGCAAUGUACAGUAUUGUUUGUACAAAGAACGAUGCAAUGCUGGUAGCUAGUUUAUUUUUAAGGCAGGACAGAAAACAUGUUUACGUGUAUUUAAACCUUUGGCAAUGGCUGGCAGCAUGCUCCGUCCUAUCCUUGUACUAGAGAAUUUUCCUUCAUCCAUCAGUCUCAAGCAAGAUAGAACGCUGCCACAGGCAAUCGUAUGACUUUCUAUUAUUACUUAAGGGGUUCUGAGUUGGUCGAUGACUUUUGUUGGGGUUUAUAAGGGUGGACCCUGUCACCAGUGGAGGUUGUGCAAGAUCAGGUCUCGGUGCUGCUCAGACUAAAGGUGACCUUUGUCCCUGUUACUGUGUUCCUUUCUAAUCAAUUCCAACCCAUCUAUGUUCAAUAAUUCCCUCCGGAUUUAUAUGGCCACCAUGUUGGAGUUCAGUCUUCUGUCCACACUCCACUCAGUUUUCCUAUGGACUGAGAGCUUGCUUACUGACCCAAGAAUUAGUCUGCCCUCUAAAAGAUAUCACCUGAUGCACCCCAUCUCCAAGUCACAGUUACAUUG